UUCGCCAAAAUCAAUCCGAUCAGCUCAUCUAUUAGUUCGGAUACAUUUGGGAAAGUUUCUAGCAAUAAGUUUUUCAAAAAAAGAACAGCUGUCAACCCCUCGGUGCCAAUGCGAUCUCGCUUCAAAAUUACUUCGGAACAUUCGUUCCCAUGGCCUGCUGCGACAUUCAUCCCACUAUUCAACUGCCUUGUGUACGUUCCCCCUCGUCAUUCCCACCGAAAGUGUUUCUUCGGAAACUUCGCCCUCAGUUGUGAUUGUCUCUAUCAAACGUCACCAACCACAAAAAAGCACAGCUUACCACAGUCCGGAAGCAACACUAUUUCCCCCCAAACAGACCAAGAAGAUCAAUCGAUUUUGUUCCAGGAGCUACCUCAACCUAAAAGUUGAAAUGAGUUGUCCAUAACAAAACCAAUUCAUCGCAUUUCUUUGUUUCUUUUUUUAUUGAUAUCCACGCACCUCGUCUGUACCUAUCUGUGUGUGUGUAUGUCCCGUCACAUCUCGCCCGAACACAUUCACCACACGUGUCUGUCCACAUCUACCAACAGCUACAAGAUCCUAAAUCCCAAGGAAGCCGAACAGCAGAAAGACCCGAAGGCCUGCGCAGAAUGUAUUCUGACCGCCGUUGGUCUUGACCAAGAAAUGUACCGUCUGGGCAACACCAAGGUAUUCUUCCGUGCCGGUGUCCUCGGUCAAAUGGAGGAAUUCCGUGACGAGCGUCUGUCCAAGAUCAUGUCCUGGAUGCAGUCCUGGUGCCGUGGUUACCUGUCCCGUAAGGAGUUCAAGAAGAUGCAGGAACAACGCGUUGCCCUGGAGAUUGUCCAGCGCAAUCUGCGCAAGUACCUGAAACUGCGUACCUGGGCCUGGUGGAAACUGUGGCAGAAGGUCAAGCCGCUGCUUAAUGUUUCCCGCGUUGAGGACCAGAUUGCCAAACUGGAAGAGAAGGCCCAGAAGGCUCAGGAAGCUUUCGAGAAGGAAGAGAAGCUGCGCAAGGAGCUGGAAUCUCUAAACAGCAAACUGCUGGCUGAGAAGACCGCCCUGCUCGAUUCGCUGUCCGGUGAGAAGGGUGCCCUCCAGGAGUACCAGGAGAAAUCCGCCAAGUUAACCGCCCAGAAGAACGACCUCGAGAACCAGCUGCGCGACACCCAGGAGCGCCUGGCACAGGAGGAAGAUGCCCGCAACCAGCUGUUCCAGACCAAGAAGAAGUUGGAGCAGGAAAUCGGUGGCCAGAAGAAGGAUGCCGAAGAUCUGGAACUGCAGAUCCAAAAGAUCGAGCAGGAUAAGGCCUCCAAGGAUCACCAGAUCCGCAACUUGAACGAUGAGAUUGCCCACCAGGACGAACUCAUCAACAAGUUGAACAAGGAGAAGAAGAUGCAGGGUGAGGUCAAUCAGAAAACUGCCGAAGAACUGCAGGCCGCCGAAGAUAAGGUCAACCAUCUGAACAAGGUGAAGGCCAAGCUCGAGCAAACUCUGGAUGAACUGGAGGACUCUCUCGAGCGUGAGAAGAAACUGCGCGGUGAUGUUGAGAAGGCCAAGCGCAAGGUUGAGGGUGACCUGAAACUAACCCAGGAAGCCGUCGCCGAUCUGGAACGCAACAAGAAGGAACUUGAGCAGACCAUCAUGCGCAAGGACAAGGAAAUCUCCGCCCUGUCCGCCAAGCUUGAAGACGAACAGUCCCUGGUCGGCAAACUGCAGAAACAGAUCAAGGAACUGCAGGGUCGCAUCGAAGAGCUGGAAGAGGAAGUCGAGGCUGAGCGUCAAGCUCGUGCUAAGGCUGAGAAGCAACGUGCCGAUCUGGCCCGUGAACUCGAGGAAUUGGGUGAGCGUCUUGAGGAAGCUGGCGGUGCUACUUCCGCUCAGAUUGAACUGAACAAGAAGCGUGAAGCUGAACUCGCCAAACUACGCCGUGACUUGGAGGAGGCCAACAUUCAGCAUGAAGGCACUCUGGCCAACCUGCGCAAGAAGCAUAACGAUGCCGUCGCUGAGAUGGCCGAACAGGUCGACCAGCUGAACAAACUGAAAACGAAAGCCGAAAAAGAGAGAGGUCAAUACUUCGCUGAAAUGAACGACUCCCGUCUCAGCUUAGAUCAUUUGGCCAAUGAAAAGGCCGCCCAAGAGAAGAUCGCCAAGCAGCUGCAGCACACCCUGAACGAAGUGCAGGGCAAGCUGGACGAAACCAACCGCACCCUGAACGACUUCGAUGCCUCGAAGAAGAAGCUAUCCAUCGAGAACUCCGACCUGCUCCGCCAGCUGGAGGAUGCCGAAUCGCAGGUUUCGCAGCUCAGCAAGAUCAAGAUCUCGCUUACCCAACAGCUCGAGGAUACCAAGCGUCUGGCUGAUGAGGAAGGCCGUGAACGUGCCACCCUGCUCGGCAAGUUCCGCAAUCUGGAGCACGACCUCGACAACCUACGCGAACAGGUUGAGGAGGAAGCUGAAGGCAAGGGAGACAUCCAGCGUCAACUCAGCAAGGCCAACGCCGAAGCGCAGUUGUGGCGCAGCAAGUACGAAUCGGAGGGUGUUGCCCGCGCCGAGGAACUGGAGGAAGCCAAGAGGAAACUGCAGGCACGCCUCGCCGAAGCCGAGGAGACUAUUGAGUCGCUCAACCAGAAGUGCAUUGCCCUGGAGAAGACCAAGCAGCGCCUGUCCACCGAAGUCGAAGAUCUGCAGCUCGAGGUUGACCGUGCCACCUCGAUUGCCAAUGCUGCCGAGAAGAAGCAGAAGGCCUUCGACAAGAUCAUUGGAGAAUGGAAACUCAAGGUCGACGAUCUGGCCGCCGAGCUGGAUGCUUCCCAGAAGGAAUGCCGCAACUAUUCCACCGAACUGUUCCGUCUCAAGGGUGCCUACGAGGAGGGCCAGGAGCAGCUUGAAGCCGUCCGUCGUGAGAACAAGAAUCUGGCCGAUGAAGUCAAGGAUCUGCUGGACCAAAUCGGAGAAGGUGGCCGCAACAUUCACGAGAUUGAGAAGUCUCGCAAGCGCCUGGAAGCCGAAAAGGACGAACUGCAGGCCGCUCUCGAGGAAGCUGAAGCCGCCCUGGAACAGGAGGAGAACAAGGUUCUGCGCGCUCAGCUCGAACUGUCUCAGGUCCGUCAAGAAAUUGACAGACGUAUCCAGGAGAAGGAAGAGGAAUUCGAAAAUACCCGCAAGAACCACCAGCGUGCCCUGGACUCCAUGCAAGCCUCCCUCGAAGCCGAAGCCAAGGGUAAGGCUGAGGCCCUGCGCAUGAAGAAGAAGUUGGAAGCUGACAUUAACGAGCUUGAAAUCGCUUUGGACCAUGCCAACAAGGCUAACGCUGAGGCCCAGAAGAACAUCAAGCGCUACCAGCAACAACUGAAGGACAUCCAGAGCGCCCUGGAAGAAGAACAGCGUGCCCGCGAUGAUGCCCGUGAACAGCUCGGAAUCUCCGAACGUCGUGCCAAUGCCCUGCAGAACGAACUUGAGGAAUCCCGCACCCUACUGGAACAAGCCGACCGUGGCCGUCGCCAGGCUGAACAGGAACUGGGUGAUGCUCAUGAGCAGUUGAACGAAGUUUCUGCCCAGAACGCUUCGAUCGCCGCUGCCAAGAGGAAGCUCGAAUCGGAACUGCAAACCCUGCAUUCCGAUCUGGAUGAACUGUUGAACGAAGCCAAGAACUCCGAAGAGAAGGCCAAGAAGGCUAUGGUUGAUGCUGCCCGUCUGGCUGAUGAACUCCGCGCCGAACAGGACCAUGCCCAGACCCAGGAGAAACUCCGCAAGGCCCUUGAACAGCAAAUCAAGGAACUGCAAGUCCGCCUGGACGAAGCCGAAACCAACGCUCUCAAGGGAGGCAAGAAGGCCAUCCAGAAACUGGAACAGCGCGUCCGUGAGCUGGAAUCCGAGCUGGACAGCGAGCAGAGAAGACAUGCCGAUGCCCAGAAGAACCUCCGCAAAUCCGAACGUCGCAUUAAGGAACUGACCUUCCAGUCGGAGGAAGACCGCAAGAACCACGAACGCAUGCAGGACCUCGUCGACAAACUGCAGCAGAAGAUCAAGACUUACAAGAGGCAGAUCGAGGAAGCCGAAGAGAUCGCCGCCCUGAAUCUGGCCAAAUUCCGCAAGGCUCAGCAAGAACUGGAGGAAGCCGAGGAACGUGCCGACAUCGCCGAACAAGCUGCCACCAAAUUCCGCACCAAGGGACGUGCCGGUUCGGUGCAGCGUGGUGCUAGCCCAGCACCCCAGAGACAAUCUGCCUUACCCGGAUUCGGAGGUUUCAACCUUCCCACAUUCGACGACCAUGCUUUCUAAAUACUAAAACACCAGCAAACGUUAUUGUUAGAAAAAAGGCUACACAUUUUAUUUAUUUUAUUUACACUUAAACACACACAACCAUUCGCGGACGUCACAAAACAUCAACUCAAACAAAAGAUUUCAGAGCCGAUCAGCGUCACACGGUCCCCGUUUUCAGUCUAUUACUCACACACAAUCGCCUUUGCGUUGACAGUUUAGCAAGCCAGCAUGGUACAGGAGUGAGAGAGAGAAAACAACAACAACAACCAACCAACCAACGCUCACAUAUACACAUUUGUUUCAGCCCGGACAAGUAGUAUUGUUUUGUGUUGUGUGAGAGAUGAAACCGGGUCCUGUGUGUCACUAACAAUGUAAUGGAUUCCCUUAAAAGUGCUUUCGAGCGAACGUCACGCGAAGAGAGAAAAAAAAAUCGCCUGUCAUCGAAAAAAAACCAAACUGCAAGAGAAGAAAGCAAUCCAUCAAAACAUAUUGAUAAUGAAACAUUGUUCUAAGUUAUCAUGUUUUAAUUAUUAUUUACUUUUGUAUUCUUUUUUUUUUACUUUCGCUCUGAAUCUUUUAUAAUUUUAUUAAUAAAAAAUGUAUUUAUUUUUAUUAAUUAAAAUAACGAAAUAAGAUACUAUUCGAACUAUAAAAAUGAAAAUGAUUUAGUUUUUACUAUGAAAAACAAAUACGCUUCGCCGACGAACAAUCCGAAUAUGCUUUGAAACGACUGCUGCUUGCCAACUGUAGCCGUCCGUUGCUUUGGUUUGCGAUGCGUAGUUCGUUUAGCACAGCCCUCAAUGAAAACGACAUCUUGUUAGGCAAAACAAAUAAAAGAGACACGUUCAAAACCAACAUCCAGCAUCAGGCCCCAAACUAUUCAAAAAAAAACUAUUAAGAAAACGGCUUUCAUCCUACCAAGACCGGUGAUGAUUGCUAAACGUUCGACCGCUUCCAACUGUCAUCCCAUUCCUGGCGAGCGAAUCCGAAGCACUAGGCAGGGCUAUGGUUCGGCGUCCAGCAGCCGUCUUCAAAGCUGACCCAGCAAAAUCCAGAAGCGAAGACCGCAUAGACUCUUCAAAACGAAUCUUUUUUCACGACUUUAUUAUAAAAAAAACGCUGAAAGAGAGAGAGAACACUAGAAGAAAACAAAAGCAGCUAAAACCUAAUUCGUAUUUGAAUUUAGUACUAUCCUGUAGAGAAGAAGAAGAAGAGGGAAAGGGAAAUUUCUUGGAGAGAAGCAAGCUAUUGUAAAUGUAUAUGUGUGAAAAAGAAAACCCCUAAAAAAUAAAUCAAACUUUAUUAAAAAAUUA